AUGACGACCAAGCUGCAGUUUGUGGUGGAGCAGAGCGCGCGGCAACUUCAACUUGGGGUCGACGCCAGCGUCCAGUGGACGAGGCUGCUGGAGGAGCUGCCGGUGCAGGAGCGGGACUAUUUGAGUCGCGCGGCCGACGAGCAGUUCGAGGAGCAGAUGAAGUACUUGACGGGCCCGCGGGAGGGCGAGAGAGACGCGGCGAUCCAGCGCCACCUGCACGGCAUCUUGGUGCUGACUGCGCCGCAGCGCAACGGCCAGACGGUGGCCAAGACGCCCGUGCACCACUCGCUCCGGCACUUGCUGCAGGCCUUCGCCAACAUUUUCCGAGGCUGUUAUGCGGGCUUGCUGCAGUACGGAGGGCAGGGGUCCGGAGUGCGCGCAGGGGUCUCGGUGGACAGAGUCACGUGCGCGUUGCCUCUGGUGGCCGCGGACGUGACCCAGUUUGCGGCGAUUCUGGCGCAGGUUGUUAUGUUCAAGUACCCAUUCGUGCAGCCCGGGGAGAUGCAACGCAAGGUCGUUCAGAAGAGCGUUCUCGCCGCGCUCUUUGAUGCGCUGCAGCCGGCACUUCAUGGUCUGUACGUCGCCUCUUUCCAGCGAGAAGACGCGCUAGUGGAGGACGUCGCUGAAUUAUGCCGCACAAAUGCACUCGAGUACUUCGAGGUGAAGCCCGUGUUCCGACUUGAUGGGAGUUGGCAGCAGCAAGAUCGACUAGCGGAUGGAAACGAGCGGCGGUUGUUGACGUUGCGCCACUACAAUGCCGCCAUUUACCACAUGAGCAACUUAGCGUCCGAACGAUCCCCGAUCACCAAGCUGGAGCGGGUAGCGCUCGUUUGCGAGGAAGUUGACCGAGCUGUGAAGGCGUACUACAAACUACAACCUGUUGACUCCCGACCUUCGCCCAAGGAAUUGAACAUAACGACUGAGGAUCUGUGCGCGCUACUAAGUUUUAUCUUGGUAUCGGCACCGUCGUCAUGUUUACACGUAUUCACGCAGUUAGCGCUGCUGGGCAGCUUUAUCUCACCGUCGAAUGCCAACGGACGGGAAGGGUUUGCUCUGGCUGCCUGCACGACUGCAGUGCAGCACCUCAUGCAGCUGCGGUGA